AACCCACAACAGCUGGAUGGCCACGACUCAGCUCAGCCGGGGAAACGGUGCGAAGGGGAAGGAAGCCUAAAAUGUCUCCAGCAAUUCGACCCAUGGCACGAAAGCGCGGGAACAGCGAGCAGAUCCCGCCAGUUUUCGACAGGGAGGGGUGAAGCCGUGAUCGCCUCACUUAGCUUUCCGGCUUAUUCUCUCAGCACAAAGACAAUGGCCAGGAUGUCCUUGAUCAAUUCGAGGAGCAAACCACGAGCAACAUCUUGCUUUCCCGUCCAAGCAUCAAUCACAUUGCAGACUGUCAGCUGAUCGGAUCCAUUUCAAGGCUGAGGCUCCACUACGAGACAGAUUGAGCAGACGAGCAGAAGAUCGGUCAAGGAGCAGGAGUUGCAUGGAGUGCAGGCGCCAAUCAUCAUUACUAUUCCACGCUCUCGUCUGGCAGUCUCGCGGGGCAAUCACCUCCUGCAAUCCCUGGAGUCAUGACGGUGGAAUCUCUCAAUUGUCGGCAGGCCGUCUUAAACGAGUCAGGCUGGAGGCUGGAGGCACCUGGCGGUUCCCAACCGCGGGCGAACCGUUAACUGCCAAACGACCAAUCCGAUCGAGUCUUUGUUCAAGGACAAUAAUCAGUCAAUCAUCACCCAAAUUUCAGUUCCCCAGUGACGCACUCACUCCCUGGUUCGAAAUGUCAAAGAAUGAUACAUCACAUUUCCCCCUCGGUUCUUUCGGCGCUGACCUGCGUACCACCGAGCCGGUUCCUCCCUACCACGAUGAUGUAUUAUUAUGGAGCUGGAGAUUUCGUCAUUGGGUCCGGUCGGGUGGCCACCGUCUAUUCCACUCUGUCCACACCGUAUACGGAGGCUCAUACUGAACCUGAACUGGUCUUGCUUUGUUCGAGUUCGCAGUGUAUCGGUGAAGGUCACUUUUAGUUGGUCGAUCCAUCACAUCUCAGUCGCGAUCCUCC